GCUGAAUGCUGUAGGUUAGGCUGACCCAUCAUCAGAACGUGAGGGCUAAAGUAUCAGAAUUGCCGAAGAUGCCCCUGACAAACAAGUUUAAAUGUGCUGCGGCUAGCAGCUUGGCUCAGUCUGACGGUCCAGACCGGGUUGAACAACAACCAAUCAGAGACGUACCUCCAGGAGAAGGUGGUGGAGAAGAUAACCAAGGGGAUCCUCAAAUUAUUAAAUCUCCAAGUGAUCCCAAGCAAUACAGAUUCAUUGAGCUGAGUAACGGACUGAGGGCUCUUUUGAUCUCUGAUCUGAGCAGUUUAGAUGGGAAAGCUGAAGAUUCAGAGGAGGAGGAAGAAGAUUCAGAGGAGGAAGAGGCGGCAGAGGAAGAGGAAGACUCAGGGGAGGGAACAGAUGAAGAGUCUGAGGAGGAAGGGGACAGUCAAGACAGUGACUUUGAAGAGCUAGAUGAGGAUGAUGACAAUAAGAAAAAGGGAUGUGAAAAACAGUCUGCAGCUGCCCUUUGCAUUGGCGUUGGAAGUUUCAGUGACCCUAAUGACCUGCCUGGACUUGCGCACUUUCUAGAGCACAUGGUGUUCAUGGGCAGUGAGAAGUACCCUUCUGAGAAUGGCUUUGAUGCAUUCUUGAAAAAGCAUGGUGGCAGUGAUAAUGCCUCCACUGACUGCGAGAGAACCAUUUUCCAAUUUGAUGUGCAGAGGAAACGCUUCAAAGAGGCCCUUGACAGAUGGGCUCAGUUUUUUAUCUGUCCACUUAUGAUUGAAGACGCCAUUGAUCGAGAGGUUGAGGCUGUGGACAGUGAAUAUCAGCUUGCUAAACCUUCAGAUUCCCAUCGUAAGGAAAUGCUCUUUGGCAGCCUAGCAAAGCCCAACCAUCCCAUGGGCAAGUUCUGCUGGGGAAAUGCCCAGACACUGAAGACUGAGCCUAGGGAAAAGAACAUCAAUGUUUACAAGCGAUUGCGUGAGUUUUGGAAGAGGUACUACUCUGCCCACUAUAUGACCUUAGCUGUUCAGUCCAAAAAGAAACUUGACACUCUUGAGGAAUGGGUUAGAGAUAUCUUCAGUCAGGUUCCCAACAAUGGGCAGCCAAAGCCAGAUUUUUCAGGCCAAGUGGACCCAUUUGACACACCUGCCUUCAAUAAACUUUACCGAGUGGUGCCUGUCAGAAAAGUGCAUGCCCUCACUAUCACGUGGGCUCUUCCACCACAAGAGAAGCAUUACAGGGUAAAGCCUCUGCAUUACAUUGCUUGGCUGAUUGGUCAUGAGGGAACUGGCAGUAUCCUUUCCAUGCUCAGGAGGAAGUGCUGGGCUUUGGCUUUGUUUGGUGGAAACAGUGAAACUGGUUUCGAUCAGAACACCACCUACUCAAUUUUCAGUAUCUCCAUCACUCUGACUGAUGAGGGCUACCAGAACUUCUAUGAGGUUGCUCAUCUGGUGUUCCAGUACUUGAAAAUGCUUCAGACACUUGGUCCCCAACAAAGAAUAUAUGAGGAAAUUCAAAAGAUUAUGUCCAAUGAAUUCCACUAUCAGGAGCAGACUGAUCCCAUUGAGUACGUGGAGGACAUAUGUGAAAACAUGCAGCUGUUCCCAAAAGAGGACUUCUUAACUGGAGACCAGCUUAUGUUUGAGUUCAAAUCAGAGGUGAUUUCUGCUCCAUUGAAACUCCUCACACCAGAGAAGGCCAACUUGCUCCUUUUGUCCCCUGAGCAUGAAGGCCAGUGUCCACUUAAGGAAAAGUGGUUUGGGACCCAUCACAGUAUAGAAGACAUACAGCAACACUGGAGAGAUCUCUGGGCUGGAGAUUUUGGUUUAAACCCAAGCUUUCACCUUCCUGCUGAGAACAAGUUCAUCGCCACUGAUUUUGCCCUCAAAAUAUCUGACUGUCCGGACACUGAGUAUCCUGUCAGAAUAGUAAACCAUGACAGAGGAUGUCUGUGGUACAAGAAGGAUAACAAGUUCAAAAUCCCCAAAGCAUAUGUGCAGUUCCACCUCAUAUCACCAGUGGUUCAGAAGUCUCCUAAAAACCUGGUGCUUUUUGACCUGUUUGUGAAUAUCUUGGUUCAUAACCUGGCCGAGCCAGCCUACGAGGCUGACGUGGCUCAGCUGGAAUAUAAACUAGUUGCUGGGGAGCAUGGCCUGGUCAUCAAGGUUAAGGGUUUCAAUCACAAACUGCCUUUGCUGUUCAACCUGAUUGUGGAUUAUCUCGCCGAUUUCUCCACCACUCCUGACGUUUUCAGCAUGUUUGCAGAGCAGCUGAAGAAGACUUAUUUUAACAUCCUCAUUAAACCUGAGAAGCUUGGAAAAGACGUGAGGCUUCUGAUUUUGGAACACUCUCGCUGGUCAACCAUCCAGAAGUACCAGUCGGUGGUAGAUGGGCUCAGUGUGAAUGAGCUCAUGGAGUUUGUGAGCAGCUUCAAGUCAGAGCUGUAUGCUGAAGGAUUCGUGCAGGGAAACUUCACUAGUGCUGAAUCCAUGGAAUUUUUGCAAUACAUUACAGACAAACUGCAGUUCAAGAAGUUGCCAAUAGAGGUUCCUGUUCUUUUCCGAGUUGUAGAGCUCCCUCAGAAACACCAUCUCUGCAAAGUCAAGUCUCUCAACAAGGGAGAUGCAAAUUCUGAGGUCACUGUGUAUUACCAGUCUGGUCUUAAGAACUUGCGUGAACACACUCUGAUGGAGCUGCUUGUGAUGCACAUGGAGGAGCCAUGCUUUGACUUCCUCAGAACCAAAGAGACGCUAGGAUAUCACGUCUACCCCACCUGUAGAAACACAUCAGGUGUCCUUGGAUUCUCCGUCACAGUGGAGACUCAGGCCACAAAGUUCAACACUGAGCUGGUGGAGACAAAGAUCGAGGAGUUCCUGGUGAGCUUUGGCGAGAAGAUGAACAGCUUGAGUGAUGAGGCUUUUAAGACGCAGGUGACUGCUCUCGUCAAGCUGAAGGGUUGCGAAGACACGCAUCUCGGUGAGGAGGUCGACAGGAACUGGACCGAGGUGGUCACGCAGCAAUACGUCUUUGACAGACUCAGCCGAGAGAUUGAUGCACUGAAACUCAUGACCAAGGCUGAACUUGUGAACUGGUUCAUGGAACACCGGGGUGAAAGCAACAGGAAGCUUAGCGUGCACGUUGUUGGCUACGGAGUAGAAGAGAAAGACCCUCCUAGUGAACAUCCGGCUGCUAAAGGUGAGGAGGGCAGUAAGAUGUCAUCGUAUGGGGAGGUCUCCAAACUCACCUUCCUUCCAGCUUCCUCUUUACUGGCCUCAGCAAUGACCAUCAAAGACAUCAGGGCCUUCACCUCCACCCUCAACCUCUACCCUUACCACAAGAUUCUCAAAUAAACAGCCAACAUGGACUCACACACUGCCAAGCAGACAGACCCCCUACCUCUAUCUUCCAACUUCUCAUGUCUUUUUGUCAUAUUUUAGCAAAGAUGAGUCGGGGCAGCAGUCUCCCGAUUGCACUUGAGAAAUGUGCUUCAGACAUGUGUGCAUUCAUGUCCUGAGCCCUGCUGUUGGAAUGACGUUGCUGUGAACUGUGUGUGUGUGUGUGUGUGUGUGUGUGUGUGUGUGUGUGUGUGUGUGUGUGUGUGUUUGUGUGUGUGUGUGUGUGUUUGUGAGUGAGGGCGUGGAUGGGGCUCAGUCUUUGGAGUCUUGCUGAUGGAAGCAGAUCAAGAGAGGUCUAAUUAUAUCCCUCCCUGGCUAUAGUGGAUAGAGCAUAAACAUGACUGUAAAAUCUACUUGUGUGAAUUUUUGCAGUAGGACUGCAGUGUUACAUUUGUACUAAUGAAUUCAUACUGUUGUUACACACAAUUAUUAAUAUAUUUUAAUUAGACGCAUAAGAGACAUAACUGCUUUUUAUAAGGCCAUGGUGAUGAUGCUUGAUAGUGAGGUUGGGUAAUGAUGCUCAGAGAUGGGCAUUCGAGUGGAGCGUGCAUGAUGAUGGUCCCUUUUACUGCUGUAGUAUCAUUCUGCAUUUGGCACACCUUCAACCUGUGAACUGAGGAAUGGCUAAUGGCAAUGCUUGUCGUCAGAUUGUGCAAAUAUAUUUAUUAAAAGCAUUUUAAAACCGAUAAUGGGUUGGAUGCAUUUGAUCGUUUUCAUGUUAAUUAUGAGUAGCAUUUAUAUUUAAAAUCUGAUUCCAGUCAAUAUGAAAAUCAAAAUAAACCCCAGUGUUUCCUGUACUGAAGUUGUGAAAUAGCAGUGUAGAGUUAAUGUGAUGUCAUAAGAGCUUGUCUCACAAAGUAACAGCCAAGACAACCCAUUUUUCGAUUGUCUGCACUCAAAAACAGCAUGACUACUAAGUCCUAUACAUGAACAGAUGACUUGCCAACUCAUGAGAUAUCAGUCUGAAGAGUUGUUCACUAAAUGAAAUCCCUGAAUCAGUCAGAGCAGUAUCUGACUGAAUCGGAAGCAGACUUUCUGUUGUCCAACUCGAAAUUAAGCAAGGACUGUGAAACUUAUAAUAAUUACAGGAAUGAAUAGAUAUUAAAGUUGUUCAUUUGACCGCAUGUUAAAAGAUAAUUAUUUGCAACAGUUUUGUUAUAUUUAAAUUUUAAUAAAACAUU